AUUAACCUUUAUUUUUGAUUCUGUUUAUAUUGCCUAUUUUAACUUUUGGCAUAAGUAUUUUAAAGUUUUAUAAUUAGCUUGCUAAUUAAGCGUAAUGUCUCAACUUAUAGUGCUCCGUCAAUUAAUACGCAAAAAUGAGCUUUUUAAAUCUUCAUUGAAGCAUCAAUGGUGCCGCAUGAUUGCGGUCACGCACACGCCUCUACACCAAAUGCGUAAGGAAGAUCCUAACAGUGGCAAAGCUUUGCAGGAAUCCGGUGACCGUUCUGAUGUAUCGACAGACGUUCGCCCACUCGGCGAAAAAAUAAAAGAAAACACAAAAACUGCCAGUUACACAGCAAUUAUUCUCGCCGGCAUUGGAGUGACCGGCAUAAUGUUCUAUGCCAUAUUCCGCGAACUCUUCUCGAGUUCUAGUCCGAAUAAUAUUUAUUCAGAUGCUUUGGAUCUAGUGAAAGAGGAUCCGCGUGUUCAGGAUGCGCUGGGCGCCCCAAUAAAAGGUUAUGGAGAGGAAUCGCGUCGUGGACGCAGACAGCGUGUCGCGAAUUCUACCUUCGAACGCAAUGGCGUAUUACAUGUGCGCAUGCAGUUUUACGUUCAAGGGAUACGAAACCGGGGCACUGUUCAUUUGGAAUCGCGCAAAACACCAUCAGGAAAAAUGGAAUAUCGUUAUUUAUUUGUACAACUCGAUUAUUACCCGCAUACAGCAAUUAUCAUUGAAGAUAAUCGCGCCUAUGACCCAAGUCCGGCAGUAACAAAAACCGAAUUAGAUUCCGGAAGUUUGGAAUUCGCCUCUUUUCAGAAGAAAUGAUAACUUGACUUAAUAUAAAUGACAAUGGCGUAUAAGUUAAAUACUGGGAUUGUGCAACAAAGUCUAAGGUACGACUAACAAACAAUCAGUCCUCGUAUAAUAAUUUAUUUUCGAAUUAGUUAAGCGCAAAUUGACCUGUAAUUAGCCUGAAUAUAAAUCAACUGUUAAAGUA